AUGGACAGGGAAAGCAUUGUUAAGCUGAGAGAUCACUACAUCUUCAAAAAAGCCAAUGACUUUUUUGAUCAAGAUGUCGAUGGUCAUGGAUCAGGCAUCAGACAGCCAAAAUCCAUUUCGUACAAUGAAAAGGAUCAGAAGCUUUCGGAUGGCAAGCAGAACCCAGCUUGCAGUCAUGGGCGUGUUUUUCGCUUUAACGACGGGUCUCUACUCCUGAUCCAGUUCCUGAGGCCAAGGGUCUGGCGCGUCCGUUUCAGUCCCGACAACAAGUCGGGAGAAGACUUUUCCGACUACAAUACUCGCACACUCAUUCGCAACACAACAUCCGAGCUUAUCCGGACCUUGGAUGAGGCAGAGCACCUAGACUGGAGAGUGGACCUUGUUGAAGAUGACCAGUAUUACAUCUUACAGUCCGUUGUUAGGACUGAAGGUAAGGAACACAAGGAAAUUCAGCUUUGGAUCCAGCGAAAUCCCUUUCAGAUUACUGCUGUGCGUGUUUUGAAAAGUCUUGCUCCUGCACAAGAGCCACCGAAGGCCUCCAACCUGGAGGCUGGCGCCGUAGAAAGCCUACAGUUCUCCAACGAAGUAGAGGGGGGACGCCGGGCUGUAGUCUGGAAAACGAAAACUCGCGGCCUACUUUAUGGUGAACACUCUACCGUCUUGUGCCUGGAAAAGUCCAUCACUGCCGAUUACAUGGGCUUCGGAGAGCAAGGAGGUAACAAUCUGUUCAAAGACAAACAGUACAUGAACUACUUCAACUUUGACAAUAUGAGGUAUUAUAACGUCUACGGUAUUGGGCCAAGUGAUGGCAGCGAACCCCUUUACCACUCAGAGCCUUACUGGAUUGAGGUCGACGCUCAGCCGGGAUAUCAAACACAGAUCGCGACAUUUAUUGACAACUACUCUCAAGUAUGUGUUGACAUUGGUGUCAAAGACUCUUCCGUAUUGAGAGUUGCUACUCGUUUCAACGAUUUUCAAGGCAUUUUUGUUGCUGGAGACAACGUUUCAGAUGUCAUUCAACGGUACACAUCGAUUGUUGGUAAGCCCAAACUUAAGCCACGCUACGUUCUUGGCUACCAUCAAGGUUGCUAUGGAUACGACACCCGAGAAAUGGUUAUGGAAGCGGUUCAUCAGUACCGAAAAGCCGGAAUCCCUCUUGACGGUAUGCAUAUCGAUGUGGAUAUGCAGGACGACUACCGGACGUUCACUAUCGACACACGUGACAAACAUUUCCCCGAUCCUCAAUCCAUGUUCAGUGAGCUUCGACAGCUUGGAGUCAAAUGCAGCACUAACAUCACUCCUUAUAUCAACAACAUCUCGUCGGAUACUUACACAACUCUCAAGGAAGGCUUGCAGAAUAACUAUUUUCUCAAAGACAACCGAGACCUGGAUCCUUCUGCCCCGGGCCCUAGCGAGCAACGAUAUUUGCAGUAUGGCCAAGGCAAUGUUUACUUCACUGUGCCAAAUGACGAGUUCAGAAGACCUGACUAUGCUAUCCGCGAUACCUACCCAUUUGCCCAGAUAUUCAACAGUGGUCAAAAUUUUCACGGUGGCAUCUCCUAUGGAUCCAAACUAGGUCACCCAGGACAUUAUCCUAACCUCAACAACAAGGAAGUCCGCAAAUGGUGGGGCAGACAGUACCGAUACUUGUUUGAGUGCGGGCUAGACUUCGUAUGGCAAGAUAUGACUUCUCCAUGCAUCGCGAGCGAGUAUGGUGAUAUGAAAUCGUUACCAUUCCGCUUGCUUUUAGAAUCUGAUGGCUGGUGCGGAGACCCGAAAUCUUCCCCGAAGAAGAGGGCAAUAGAGAUUUGGUCGUUGUACAGCUACAAUCUACACAAAGCGACUUAUCAUGGCCUCAAUCACUUGCAUCUUCUUGGCAAGGGUGAGAGAAACGACAAGCUUGCCUGGCGAGAGAACCGACGCAACUUUAUCAUUGGUCGCGGCAGUUUUGCUGGAAGUCACCGCUUUGCUGGCCUAUGGACUGGCGAUAACUCUUCUACCUGGGAGUUCCUCAAAAUCUCAGUCGCUCAGGUUCUUGCCCUCGGCCUUUCUGGAGUCACAAUCUCCGGCGCCGAUGUUGGCGGCUUUGAAUCAAUGGAGACUGAGCUAAACUACGCGAACCCGGAGCUGGUCAUUAGAUGGUACUCUGCGUACUCGCUACUUCCAUGGUUCAGGAACCACUAUACUCGCCAGCGAAACUGGGUCGAGCAGCCUGAUGUUCAGAGAAAGCCAGGCAAAUGGUUCCAGGAGCCAUAUGCAUAUCAGUUGCACUACGAGCAACACCAAAGCCAAUUCACCGGCCGAGAAGCGGAGAUUUACAGAGCUGUCCUUCCAACUUGUCGAUACUUGAUUCGACUGCGCUACUCUUUAAUGCAACUGCUCUACGAUGCUAUGUUUGAGAAUAUCAUCACCGGGUUGCCCAUUGCGAGAGCCAUGAAACGCGCCAACCAGCCUAUCACUGAUGAACUUGAUCGUUCUUUAUUUUCCAAAGAUAAUCGAGACUUCACCGGUUCUCAGUACAUGGUGAGGAACGACCUAUUGGUUGCGCCUUCGUUGGAAUCAGAAGGGUCAUCUGGUAAUAAACGGGAGCUCUACCUACCAUACCCCGACUCUUGGUUUCCAAUGAACCUACGGCCAGAUGAUCCUUUAGGCGUUCCCCUUUCUCCUCAUGCCACGGGCGGCCAGCACAUCAGCUACGACUGCCGCAUCAGCGAGGAUGAAAAGCAAAUUCCAUUUUCGACUCCGAUGUACAUUCGCGAAGGCGCUAUCAUUCCUAAGAUUGAGGUUCGAGACUUUAUCCCAGAUCCCAGUACAGCCCAGCAGGAUCCCAAUCCAAUCACCGUUCAUCUUUACCCUGGGAAGGAGAAUACAUACGAUAUGUAUCUGGAUGAUGGCAUCUCCAGAGACUGUGCCCCCAAGGGAGCGUGGGAGGAGGAUGGACACGGCCAUGAUGUCAAAGGCCUCUCAGACCCAAAAGCAAACGACAAUUAUACCAAGGUGUCUUUCAAGCAAACGAUCUUCAAACAACUUGACAUCGCAAGCGAUACUGCAAAAUACACAAGGCAACUUUGGGCACAGUCUCCUUUCAACAAGUUCAAAGGCGAUUUGUCUCAGAUUAUUGGGCAAGAGUAUAAAUUUGUCUUCUGGCAUCUUGUCCACAGUAAUCUUGGCACUGUCCAAGUCUCAGUUGACCGGAGUAACCAUCACAGAAUCGACGUCAACCACGAUGCUCGGGCGACUAUUGUCACUAUACCCAUUGCGGAUGUUCAUACUCCGGAUGGCGUUCGAAUUACUGUCAGCGUUGAUGCGGACAUCUGA